CCCCCCCCCCCCCCCCCCCCUCGCAGUACGUCAUCUCCGGUGCGGCGCGGCGCGGGCGGCGGAAGUACCUCCAUAGCGGUGCUAGCGGAGCUGCGGCGGUGAGAGCUCAGCGGCGCCAUGGUGGAGGAAGUCCAAAAGCAUUCUGUGCACACACUUGUGUUCAGAUCUUUGAAGAGGACCCAUGAUAUGUUUGUAGCUGAUAAUGCCAAACCUAUCCUAUUAGAUGAAGAAAGUCACAAAGUAAAGAUGGCAGUCAAGCUGCGUACAGAGUAUGGCUCAGUGCUGCACAUGCCUACUCUUAAAGAAAACAUGAGAGAAAAAGGGGGCCCAAACACCGAGGAUCCUUAUGGACAGAAACAAUAUUCUGGAAAUCAAGGACAAGAACUUGAGUAUUUGAUAACUGGUACACAUCCAUACCCACCUGGUCCUGGUGUGGCUCUGACGGCUGACACUAAGGUCCAGAGGAUGCCUAGUGAAUCUGCAGCACAGUCCUUAGCCGUAGCACUUCCUGCUUCUCAGUCCAGGUUGGAUGCAAAUCGGACAGCUGCUGGUGUGGGAGAUAUUUACAGGCAUGCUGGAAUAUCUGAGCGUUCACAGCCUCCUGGGAUGUCAGUGGCUAUGGUAGAAGGUGGUGGGAACAAAAAUUCUGCGUUAAUGGCAAAGAAGGCUCCAACCAUGCCCAAACCUCAGUGGCAUCCACCUUGGAAACUGUACAGAGUUAUCAGUGGUCACCUGGGCUGGGUGAGAUGUAUUGCAGUAGAACCAGGAAACCAGUGGUUUGUUACUGGCUCAGCUGACAGAACUAUUAAGAUCUGGGACCUUGCUAGUGGCAAAUUGAAACUGUCUCUGACGGGACACAUCAGUACUGUACGAGGGGUGAUAGUAAGUGCAAGAAGUCCAUACCUCUUUUCUUGUGGAGAAGACAAACAAGUGAAAUGCUGGGAUCUUGAAUACAAUAAGGUUAUCAGACAUUACCAUGGUCAUCUAAGUGCUGUCUAUGGUUUAGACCUGCAUCCAACAAUAGAUGUAUUGGUAACGUGUAGCAGAGAUUCAACAGCACGAAUUUGGGAUGUGAGGACGAAAGCCAGUGUGCACACACUAUCAGGACACACAAAUGCAGUAGCAACAGUGAAGUGUCAAGCUGCAGAACCACAAGUUAUUACAGGCAGUCAUGAUACUACCAUACGACUCUGGGAUUUAGUGGCAGGAAAAACUCGUGUUACUUUAACAAAUCACAAGAAAUCUGUAAGAGCAGUAGUGCUACAUCCAAGACAUUACACAUUUGCAUCUGGUUCUCCAGAUAAUAUUAAGCAGUGGAAAUUCCCAGAUGGAAACUUCAUUCAGAACCUUCCGGGUCACAAUGCUAUUAUCAACACACUAGCUGUAAAUUCCGAUGGCGUUCUGGUAUCUGGAGCUGAUAAUGGUACUAUGCAUCUUUGGGACUGGAGAACUGGGUACAAUUUCCAGAGAGUACAUGCAGCCGUACAGCCAGGCUCUUUGGACAGUGAAUCGGGAAUAUUUGCUUGUGUUUUUGACCAGUCAGAAAGCAGAUUGUUAACUGCUGAAGCUGAUAAAACCAUAAAAGUAUACAAAGAAGAUGAGACUGCGACUGAAGAGACUCAUCCUGUCAGCUGGAAACCAGAGAUUAUCAAGAGAAAGCGAUUUUAGUGCGGCAAUGUAUCUAUGCUGUAAUUUUGUUUUGGCUUUCCUGAGAGCAUUCAGUCACAUCUUGUUCUGCCUAGAACAGUAGAGUGGGACAUCACCUAAGUCAUUGCUAUUUCAAUGUGUUUUAUAAUAAAUUUGAUUUCUCUUUCCUUUUGUCUCUUUUUGGUGUGGUCCCAGCAAACCAUUUUCAGUUGUUAACUUUCUCUUUAUGGAGCAUGCAUAGUUCAUGAAAAGGACAGAUGUGCAAGUGCUUACUCUUUCUAUGAAUCUGUUGAGUGCAAGUCUAAAAAUAUUUUGACUGGAUUUUCUGAAAGAGCCCUGCUUGACUCCGAAUUAACUGCAAAUUUAUGCAGAGAAGCCAUCUACUGGAAAUUUCUUGAGUGACGCUUUUAGAUUUUUAGACCAGUACUGUUUACUCUACAUAUGCUAAGUAUAUACUGUAAUGGAACAGUAUAUAUACUCAAUUACAAAGUAAUAAGUAACGACGGAAGAAGCAGGACAAUAUCAUAACAACAUAGUUUGCUUUAUAAACACAGGCACUGAGCAUUGCCAGUCCUGUGUUAUUGAGUGAAAUGGAUCUUCAAAGUGUUUCUUUCGGUAGGAAAGCUUUCAUCUGCAACUACUUGUCUUCACUCGUUUCACUUCAGAGCAGACCUUUUGUAGCAAGGACCACUGCGAAUCAAGAUCUUCAGUUGCUACAGGGUUAGGAGAAGUUGACUGACUUUGUAAAUCACCUGGGUUGUUUUAGUAGUUAUCCAAAGCAUACAUGAUGUUAGAGUAUUGUCAAUGCUUAAAAUUGAGCUCUUAAGAGGAAAAGCUCUUAAGUCAUUCCAGCAUAAAUUUUACAUAUUGCUGUCAGCUUGUGAUGUUAGGAAGGAAAUUAAAAUUAAUAAAAAAAUUGCUGAAAGAUCACUUGUACUCCUGAAGGGACAAAUCUUGCAUUUUGUUUACAGUCACAUAACCAGCAGUAAACGUGUAAGCCUCCUUGCUACAGCUUAUCU